UUUUCUUGGACGGACCCAAGACCUAACUAUACAAAUAAUGAAUAAUACAAGGGAUGGAUAGAAAUACUUAUAUAUUAUAAUAUUAUAUAGAUUCCUCCGCCGUGUCGAAAACAUACUCCCUCGUUGAGGAGUCAUUUGGUCACUUGAACUCAUUUAAUUUAGUUAUAUCAUAUGAUGAUAUACUACGUAGUUGUUUUUUUUUUUUUUUUUUUUUUUUUUUUUUUGAGAAGAUAUCAUAUGAUAUAGUUUUAUUUCAUAUAAUUCCCUUUUAUAUAUCAGAGUUUGUACUUGGGCAUCAGCAUGCAACUCAUUUUUGUGGUCGCGAGGUUGUCACCCGUCACCCCUUAAAACUUUAUAAUAAAAUAAAAUCCGAAUACUUUAUAUAGCAACCUCAACCUCAACACAUCCCAAUUUUAUUUUUAUACUUGUGUUAUAAAUUUUCUCUUUAUCAUCUCUUUUCACUCACAAAUUAUUUUUCCCUCAAAACAUGCCAAGUGGCUCACCAUUACCAAACAACACCAACGCCUCUUACUCCUUUGAGGAGUUCCUCCGCGGUUGGUGCCACCGCUUGGACCGCCUCUCCGCCGAGAUCACCGCCGCUGUCGAUACGAAGGAUGGCGAAGCGAGCCAGAUUGAGGACAUGGAUGCUAAGCUACUAAUAGCGCGAGCUCUCGGUCAUUUUGAGGAAUACUAUGAGCACAAGUCUCGUGCUGCUCAUCUCAAUGGAUUUGCUCUUUUCUCCCCUAAUUUUUGUUCAUCAUUUGAAUGUGCUUUCCUUUGGGUCGCCGGGUUUCGGCCUCGGGUUCUUUUGCAUCUCGUCUCCAGCUCCGUUCAGGAUUUGUCCGCUCAGCAGACUCAAGCGCUUGACAGGCUGAAAAGAGAUACAAGAAUAAAUGAAAAGGCGGUGGAAGACGAGCUAGCAAGGAUACAAGAGACGGCGGCAGCACCACCACUAAUUGAUGCCAUGCGGGAGGCUGCAUGGCUAUCAGAGGGGCAAUCCUUAACAACAACAAAUGAGCAAAUACAACGGUUGAAUGCAUCACUUGAAGCAGUCAUAGCUAAUGCUGACUCCUUGAGGGUGACAACAGGAGCAAAAGCAGCCGAGAUUUUGAGGCCAACUCAAUGUUUGAGGUUCCUGGUAGCUGCUAUGAGACUAAUGCAAAGAAUGAGAAGUACAGGGAUGGAAAGAGAUAAUCUUGGAGGAGACUUGGAUAGAAGUAACAUAAAUAUAUAUAUAUAGGUUGAUGCUUCAUUUUCGAUUUUUUAAAAAGAAAAUAAUGCAACUUAUAUUGAAAUAGAUAAAAAAAAAAUUAUAAAAUAUAUAUAAGUAUAGUUUUGUACGAAGUAUGUUACUAUGAUUGUGGCUGGCAUAGAUAAGUCGGAUGAAAAAAAAAACCCAAAAACAGAAGAAGAAAAGAAAAGGAAAAAGAACAAACCUCUUGUGAUAUUUCAGAGGGGUUUGUCUUGAUAUUGUAGUACUCCUAUAUGUCCUAUAGUAGGUUGAUUGUUGUUUUUGAGCUUUUGUAAAAAAACGUAGUCUCAUAUUUUAUGGUUGUUUUUGAGAAAUUGAAAUUUCUUUAUGUUAGGGAGAUGUAUUAGAUGAUCAGGGGUAUGAAAAACAAUGUGGGUAUGAUGUAAUGAUGUGUGUGUGGUCUAUUACUAUGUCAUUACGUUGUACGAAACCAACGUACAAUUUUUUCUGGAACGAUGGUAUCCUAAAAAGUUUAUAUACAUGUUUUUAAAUGAUUUAGAAUAUUAAAUUUAUUUACAUUUUUGUUUUUUUUUUUUUUUUUUUUUUUUUUUUUUUUUUUUUUGAAAGAGAAAAAAAAUUAACUUAGUUGAAUUGUACCAUCAAAUAAAAAUGCUAGAUCCAUGUUUCCUAUAAAGAUCUUUUUUGAGUAUAGACACAUUCAAACUUUUAUCCUUUUUUUUCAAUUACGUUAAGUAUUAACAAUGCAGAUUAUUUAAAUUCACUACAUCGAUCAUAGUAUGUUAUAAAUUAGUUGGGGGUAUUAUCCCUUUAGUUUCAUUAAGAAUACC